AUGGCCGACAAGCUUCGCAACCAGCAGGAGCUCGAACGCCUCCAGGCCAAAUACAUCGGCACCGGCCACCCCGACACGACGAGCUGGGAGUGGCGUACAAACAUCCAGCGCGACACGUACUCGUCCAUUGCUGGCCACCGACCGCUCCUGUCAUACAUUGCCCUUGCCGAGAACGAGCCCAUCUCCAAGGUGCGCGCGCACAUGCUACGGAAAAUGAUCCAGCCAUGUGGUCCGCCGCCACCGAGAGAAGACGAAGAGAUCGUUCCGCAAAAGUCGGCGAGGUAG